GUUUUUAAAGUUGUGAGUUGCAAAAUGCUAUGACCAUUAUUUACCAUAGUAGCGAUGAUCCUGUCCUAAAAAUGUUUUACCCUUCUAAAGACAUUUUAUAGUAGAAUAGAUAUAGAUAUAGAUUUAUUCUUUCAUUGAAAAGGAGAGAGGGGCAGGAACUUGUUGGGUGUGAUAGAUUUAGCACCUUGUAAUAGAUCUUAUGCUUGAUAGAAAUAUUAGAUUGCAUAGAGUCAUCGAAUGAGGUUGUGUGCUUUACUGUUGCUCUUGAUACUGCUUUGGUGUCUUACGUUUUGCCUUUCUUGUUGCUUGUAGAGGUAUUCUUUAAUCGGAUUUUAAAUAGCUGCUUUGACUUUUACAGAUAUCCGGACUCGUGAGGAUUGUUACAAAACAUGACAACUGUAGCUCGACCUACAUGGGCACCUGCAAAAGGUGGUAAUGAACAAGGUGGUACUCAAAUUUUCAGCCCCUCCCAAAAAUACUCUUCAAAGGACAUUGCCUCUCACACAACCCUAAAGCCCAGAAAGGAUGGGCAAGACACUAAAGAGGAAUUGCAGAAGAGGAAUCUCCGUGAUGAGUUGGAGGAGCGGGAACGGUGGCAUUUCUUGUUGAAGGAUAAGUCCUAUAGUGACGAUAGAGAUCGUAGAAAAGGAGGCCACUUUCUAUUGUCUACAGAAACUGUUCACUGA